CGUUGAGCUGUCCACGAUCCCAUAUAUUUCCCCGUCACCGUUUCCCUUUCUUCUGUGGACAAAGUUGGGAUUCACAAGGCAUCAUGGCGUCCGAAACCAAAAGCGCCAAUGGCUCCUCCGAGAGCGACUUUGAGUUUAUAGAAACUCCAAAGGUUCACACGCCAACCUUUGAGAAGUUCGAGGAGUGUGGUGUCAAAACCACGGCUUAUCCUGCGAUCAAGAAUGCCCCUCUCCCAGCUGAUGGCCCUGGAUCCGAAAGCUUCUCUAACAUCGCCCUCUUCUCACUGCUGUUCAUUGUGCCCGCAUACACGGCCUGGAAAGUCGGUGGCGGUCUGAAGACGACGAUUUUUUUCGGCCUCUUCACCUCGAUCCCGCUCCUGAUUUCCUUCUGGUACCUUAACUCGACCCUCGGCCCCCGCAAGAAUGAGAAAGUGAGACUUCCGGGUCGCCCGAUCGAGCACUACCUCACCUUCAAGAACGAUGCCGAUAAGCUCAAGUACCGCGGAAGGACCAAGAUCCCAAUCGAGACCUUCCACAACAUGUACUUUGAGGGCGAUGUUGAGUUCAACGGCGACUGCCUCGAGGUCCUCGAGUACCGUGCCGACUGGGCCAGCUUUACUUUCACCAUCAGCUUGUUCAAGUUCAUCUUCUUCCAGUUCGCACCGGAAGUCAUUAUGCACACUCGCUCGCAGGAUGAGGAGCAGGUCAGAGAUCACUAUGACAGAGGCGAUGAUUUCUACGGGUGGUUCCUUGGACCACGUAUGAUUUACACCUCUGGCAUUAUUUCCGACAUCACUAAGGAGGAGACACUUGAGGAGCUCCAAGAUAACAAGCUUGCCAUCGUUUGCGAGAAGAUUGAUCUUCAAAAGGACGAGCGCAUGCUUGAUAUUGGAUGCGGCUGGGGAACUCUAGCCAAGUUUGCUAGUGUCAACUUUGGCGCUCAAGUUACUGGUAUCACCCUUGGCCGUAACCAAACCGCCUGGGGAAACAACGGUCUCCGCAAAGCUGGCAUUACCGAGGAGCAGAGCAGAAUCCUCUGCAUGGACUACCGCGAUAUCCCAGUUCCAGAGGGCAAGUACCACAAGAUCACCUGUCUCGAGAUGGCUGAGCACGUCGGUGUUCGCCACUUCAAGUCUUUCUUGAGACAAGUUAAUGACAUGCUUGAUGACGAUGGAGUUUUCUUCUUGCAAAUUGCCGGACUUCGCAAGUCGUGGCAGUACGAGGAUCUUAUGUGGGGUCUUUUCAUGAACAGAUACGUCUUCCCAGGCGCUGAUGCUUCUACCCCGCUUGGAUUCUUCGUCGACAACCUCGAGGGCGCUGGCUUUGAGGUCAAGUCCGUUGACACCGUUGGUGUCCACUACUCCGCUACCCUGUGGAGAUGGUACAGGAACUGGCUCGGAAACCGUGACAAGGUUGAGGCCAAGUACGGCAGCAGAUGGUUCAAGAUCUGGGAGUUCUUCCUUGCCUACUCCACCAUCAUCUCCCGUGAGGGAGGUGCUACCUGCUACCAAAUCACCCUGGUCAAGAACAUCAACUCUACCCACCGUGUUGAGGGCAUUUCGACCCAGUUUGCUCUCACUGCGGCUCUUGCCAAGGGCCGCGCAGACAUUGCGGCCAAUGCUGCUGCCAACGGUGUCAAGGCCUAAAUAUGAAAUGCCAUCUAAAUAUUGUUAUUGGCAUGUAUGAUACGUAUGAUACGACGACUACAAAUAGCCCAAAAGUAAGGGCGCGGUAUUUGGACUAUACUGUUUAUGCCAUCUAGAUGUAGCUAAAAAGCUGUGCAGCGAUUUAGCAUGAAGAGAAACAUGGGUUUAUUAUGAUGGCAAUCAAAUAGAAGGAGGUAUUGGGAUACUUAAAAAGGCGAUGAUCAUUUAGCUACGUAAAUGCGAGUCGAUGCCAUAGAUUGGUGGAAAUGGAAAGUUAUGAUUGGUUUAAAAAUGAUUUUAAAAACUGAAUGAUACUUGAGAUUGAUUGUAAAACG